AUGAUGCCAAGGAGGAAACUACUUCUAGUUUCUUUAUCUUCUUUUGCUAUACUUAUCUUCAUCUUCUUUAUAUCAUUUAGUAUUCGCUUAAAUUUUUCGUUAACAACUUCCUUAACCAAUACCAUUUUACUACAACAAGCGCCUCAGAUAAACACACAGUUCACCCUUUUAAUAGGAAUUUUCACACGGCCGGGAAAUUUCGAUAGACGACAUUUCCUUCGUCUUGUAUAUGGAAUUCAAUCCACCCCCAUCGCUCGUAUCGAUGUAAAGUUCAUUUUCUGUAAUAUCACCAAUUCAGAACAAAGAACUUUUGUCGCUUUAGAAAUCAUGCGUUUUAAUGACAUUAUUGUCCUCAAUUGCUCAGAGAACAUGAAUAGUGGUAAAACUUAUACUUACUUUUCUACUCUUCCUCAAAUACUUCCCACACGUUAUGACUAUGUCAUGAAGGCUGAUGAUGAUGUUUAUUUGAGGCUUGCACCAUUAGCAUCAUCACUUCAACCCUUACCUAGAGUUGAUCUAUAUUAUGGCUUUGUUAUACCUUGUCCUAGCAUGAAUCCAUUUGUCCAUUAUAUGUCCGGAAUGGGAUUUGUUUUAUCAUGGGAUCUGGUGGAAUGGAUAAGAAGAUCGAAUAUUCCUGCGAAUAAUACAUAUGGACCAGAAGAUAAAUUGGUUGGUCAAUGGCUUAAUUUGGGAAAUAAAGCAAAAAAUAGAUUUUCGAACAAGCCAAAAAUGUAUGAUUAUCCUGGAACUAAUGGAAAAUGUUCACAUGAACUUAUUCCAAAUACAAUAGCGGUUCAUCGACUAAAAAAGUGGGAGCAAUGGAUAAAUGUUCUAAGAUUUUUUAAUGUGACUAAACAACUUCAACCAUCGAGUCUUUAUAGUAUAUCAAUUGAUUAA